GACAUUAUCUAAUCCGAUCGGCAGCAAACGACUUGUUUAAGUACUUGGCUUUAUGAUAGAAAUACCGAUAAUGUUUUCUUUACUCCCCCGUGGUUUCUGCCUCUUUUUAGUUGGUUCUGUCUUCUUUAUCGUAUUAAAUCUCCUCCAGUUAGAACGUAAAGUGGCGCUCAGUCCAGAAUUAUUAACAAAGUAUUCGGAUGCGUGGUGGGUUGCUCCAGCAUGUGGAUUUCUAGCGACAGUUAUAGGAUUAUUGUAUCCGUUUAUCGACAAUUUUUUGGGUCAAACCCAUAAGCAUCAACCAGAUUGGUCAAGUGUAAUGAGAUGUAUAGCAAUAUUUGUUGGAAUUAAUCAUGCCAGCGCCAAACUAGAAUUUCAUAACAAUAUUCAACUAUCAUUAACAUUAGCUGCAAUGUCAAUAGGUCUUUGGUGGUUAUUUGAUAGAUCACGGAGUGGCUUUGUCUUGGCGUUGCUGAUAGCAAUUGUGGCAACUGUUAUGGCAUUAGUGUUGGUAUAUAGCGGUAUACUUAGUUAUACGGAGCCCCGCUUAGAAUACAUGAGAAGUUGUAUACCGUCCAUAUUUUUUUCUGGAGGUGUUACGAUGGGAAGCAUAGGAAGGCAAUUGGCUUUAUCAGGAAAAGAACAUAAGGAUUAAUGUGCUCAAAUAAUAAGUUAGAUAUUUUCUGAAACAAACAAAAAAAAAACAAUAAUGCUUAAAUAUAGAUUCUAAGUGGCAUAAAACUGCUGUGUCUGAGGAGGGCUGUAUUUUGUAUCGACAUGAAUUUUUAUAUUGUCAAACUGGUGCAAAAAAUUUAUCAUUUUUUAUUUUAUUCUCAUUGUAUAUAUGCAUAAAUUGUAAAAAAUUUCAUGACAAAAUGCCUGUUUACUACUUUAAGAACAUCAUUGAUAUUCCAUUAUCAGCAAAUAGUAGAUAAUAAAGAAAUUCAAUGAACUUUAAUAUAGAACGGCUGAAAAACCUUUGAUAUUGGACAUCACUGUUAUAGUUGAGGACGGAUUGCUAUUGAGUAAUACUUUCUAAAAUUACUUUGUUAAGGUAUUUUUGAAAAGUAUGGAAAUAUGCUGAUUAAUCACUGUUUUGAUCGAAUUUAUAUAAAUUGAAUUUUGAAUGUUUAAUAUAUAUUAUUUUGAUCUAUUUUUCUUAUAUAUAUAAGGUUCUUGUUAAUUUUCAAAUGUUAUUAUUUUAUCAUUUAAAUAUUCUGUUAUGUUUAUCCAUACGAUCUGAUGUAAAUUCUUUUUUUGCAAUAUAAUGCAAUUUGAAUGUAGAUUACUGCUGGUAAUGGCCAAAUCUCGUUACAUUGAAAUAAGUAAUUGCACGUAUCAUAACAAAUACAAAUUCAUAUACGUUAUAGUUU